AUGGGAGGGGAGGGAUUGGGGCUGUACAGCCUGUUGACGCUUCCGCAUGUUGUUGUUGCUAUCGUCACGUACUGGAUCACCGCUACGGUCUACCACUUUCUCACCGCACCAAAAUUACCUGCCGGUGUGCCAUGUAUGGGCUACGGGACAGGAUGGAUAGAUGGAAUUCGCAACUUUUUCGCCGUCACGAAGAGUAAAGAAUGGGUGGUUGCCGGAUACCAUCAAUACAGCCGCAAUGACCAGGCUUUUGUGUUACCUCCCACGCUGGGUAUGCCACCUGAGAUUAUCAUACCGAAAAGCCAAAUGGCAUGGAUGUAUGACCUACCUGAUCAUAUUGCCAGUGCGAGCGAGCCUCACUACGAUAUGUUCAACGGCGACUGGGCGUUUCUCGACCCCAUCAUUCUCAAAGAUCCAUAUCACGAACAUGUCAUUCAUAAAAAUGUGGUCCGAAAUCUAAAAACAAUCAUCCCAGACCUCAAGAAUGAGAUACCACAAGUUGUUAUGGAUGUAUUCGGUACUGACACGGAGAACUGGAUCAAACUGGACGUAAUGGACACGUUCUCCAAGGUCAUCCCUCGUCUGUCCAACUUGCCGAUUGUUGGAAGCCCUCUAUGUCACGAUCCCGAUUUUAACAAAGCCGCUUCGAGCUUCACUAUGGACAUUGUACGCAUGCAAAUCCUGGUAGUCGUCACGCCCAAAGCCAUCCUGCCACUCGCCAGUGCAUUUCUAAGUCUAUCAAACAAAUACCACUUCAGGCAAGCAUCCCGCUUCACCCUCCCCUUAAUCAAACAGCGCAUCGCAGACCUCCAAAAAAAGGACGCCGGCCAUCCUGACUACACCACUUGGACCGAACCCCAAGACUUCUUCACAUGGACCUACCGCACCGCGCAAUCCGAAAACCGUCCGGAGGAAAUGCAUCCAGACCGCAUCGCCCUCCGCACAAUGGCCGUCGUCUUCGCCAGCCAUACCACCGUAAUGUCAAUCUACGACUCCAUCAUCAACAUCCUGCACGACGGCCAGCACACCAUCCGCCUUCUCCGCGAGGAGUCGCACCGCAUCCUCCGCGAAGAAGGCGGGCAAUACACCCGCCAAGGCCUCUCCCGCAUGCACCGCCUCGACUCCGCCAUCCGCGAAGCCCAACGCAAAUCCCCCAUCGGCCUCACUCUUUCCACACGCAAAAUCGUAGCCCGUGACGGCGUUACAGCACCCGAUGGCACGCAUUUCCCGUACGGCACCCUGCUGGCGUGCCCCUGGAUGCCGAUUGCGGGCGACGAAACGAUAUACGAGAACGCGGGUGAGUACGAUGCGUUUCGGUACUCGCGGCCAAUGGAGGAGUAUGCGCAGUUGUCCGAAGAAGAGAAGAAGAAAGUCGAUGUGUUGAGGAUUAAGCAGAAGGCGUUGGCUACGACGAGUUUUGAUCAUUUGCAGUUUGGCCAUGGGAGACAUGCUUGUCCUGGUCGCUUUCUCGCUGCGCACCAACUCAAAAUCAUACUCUCGUAUAUGUUGCUGCAUUAUGACUUUAAGCCUUUGGCUGAAGGACCGAAGAUUCUGUGGGUUAUUCGGUAUCAUGUCCCGCUUCCGGUGCAAAUUGAGACGAGGAGGCGCAAGGCGGUGUGGACGCCGGAGGACGACUGA